UCAUAUCCUGUCGUUGUCCUUUAGCGCUUGCCCAAGCCUUUUCAGUUUGAGGUUUUGAGUGCAUUUGAGCGGCUGCAAAUAAAAACAGAACUGUGUGUGCGCAAAAACAAACCAUAAAUAUCUGUGGAAUCAGUGGAUGUGGUUUUGUGAAAAUCGAAUACAUAAUUUGGACAGUGCAGGAUAUAGAGCGUAUAUCCUUAAACCAACUACCGCAUCUUAGCUAACCGGCUCGGAGCGUUUUAAUUAUUUGACUCUUCAUCGGGGUUGUGCAUCUGCACUGAACGGCUUCAAAAUUAACUACUCAAAGUACCACCACAACGCUAUGUCCCUUUCGGCCAUAGCCAAGCCAAUACUCUACUCGUAUUGGCGAAGCUCGUGCUCCUGGCGCGUGCGCAUUGCGAUGAACCUCAAGGAGAUACCCUACGACAUCAAGCCGAUCAGUCUGAUCAAGUCGGGCGGCGAGCAGCACUGCAAUGAGUAUCGCGAGGUGAACCCCAUGGAGCAGGUUCCGGCUUUACAGAUUGAUGGCCACACCCUCAUCGAAUCGGUGGCCAUUAUGCACUACCUCGAGGAGACUCGUCCGCAGCGACCACUCCUGCCACAGGACGUCCACAAGCGGGCCAAGGUGCGCGAGAUCGUGGAGAUCAUUUGCUCUGGCAUCCAGCCGCUCCAGAACCUCAUCGUUCUCAUCCACGUGGGCGAGGAGAAGAAGAAGGAGUGGGCCCAGCACUGGAUCACACGUGGCUUCCGGGCGGUGGAGAAGGCGUUGUCCACCUCGGCAGGAAAAUACUGUGUGGGCGAUGAGAUCUCCAUGGCUGAUUGCUGCCUCGUACCACAGGUGUUCAAUGCCAGAAGAUUCCAUGUCGACUUGCGCCCAUAUCCCAUUAUACUGCGCAUCGACCGCGAACUGGAGAGCAAUCCGGCGUUCCGAGCUGCCCACCCCUCGAAUCAACCGGACUGUCCGCCGGAGCUGCCCAACAAAUAGAAUUUUCCGACGCCAACUGCAAAGCGCCGUAAAACGAAAAAGUGAAUUGCAGUUCGACACCGAAGACACAGGACAAACUAAAACCUUAACUAUGAUCAGUGAGCAGGACGUGUGAAGGAUUAGAAACGAUGUGGAAGAUUGAAAAUAUGGCAAAGCUGGCGAGGAUUCCAUUAAGCAGAAACAGUCGGAUGUGAUUUAUAAAAAUUGCUAACAGCAUUUAAAUAUGCAUAAAUGCAUAAAAAUACUAUCGAUAGUAUAACGAAAUUCCAUUCAAGAAAUUCAAAAUCUUAAACGCAAAAUUCUCAAAAAAGGAACAAAAACUUUUGAAUAAUAAAUUCUUCGAAUUCCCUUAGUUUGUCAUUGUGAACAUGAUCUAAAAGAUGAACUCAUAUAUAUUAAAUGUAACUUAUUUUUAUGCAUUUUAUUUAGGCUAACAAAAACAUAACAAAUUCAAGGAAAACUCAUGACGAAAAGCAAAAUUCAAUUCAGGGAUCUAUGAACAAAAAUUAUUUAAAAACCAAAUCGAGAGCACAUGUGUGCGGUUGAAAACUAUCGAAAAUAUACAAACCUAUGUAUAAGUACUUCAUGUCAAAGUUGGGCAAAUGCUAAACAAAUCGUUCACAAAGUACAAAACGUCAGUCAACCAAUAAGUAAUAUAUACCAACCGACAAACUAUACAUUAAAUCGAAUAACUCAUAAGUAAUUUACAAAGAACUAUCCAACCGAUAAGGUGGAUCACCUAUUUAAUGGUUCUAAAUGUCGCAAUGCCUCUUUGAUACCACUCAAGAAAGUAACUAAAGUAAUCAAUUAUUUCUCUCAAACUCAAUGCACAUAGACGAAUGAUAUAAAGCCAACAAAUUAAGUGCACCCUAAUUUUAAUAGCAACUUGAUGUAAAUUGAAUCGUGAGGAUUUGUUUCACAACCCUUGUACGAGUAGUUGUAAGCCUGCCAUUGCCAAGACCAUACUAACUGUCCUGUAUGAAAGUACAAUGCAAGAAUCGGUUGCCGAAGCGAAGGACGAGUGCCGAUAGUCACAUCAUACAAAGAUAUAUACUAUAUAGACAGAGCUGCGCAUUUUCGCAUACGAAACCAAACGAAAACCAAAUUGAACACGAAACCAACUUAUAUGCAUAAAUUCCGAAAUAUUGUAACAGUUCCAUACAUAAUUAAUAAAUAAACUUCAAACUAAAAAAUUAAA